UUUACGGACAAACCAUUUCAGGAAAACCAAAAAUCAUCAUUAUUUAACAAAUUUCAAAGGCGAUGUCUUCCACGAUGUCUUCCACGAUGUCUUCCACAUUGUCUUCCACAUUGUCUUCUACAGUGUCAACAAACCCAAAGUUAAAUACAGUUAAUGUUGCGAAGAACGAUAUUAUAUACAACAAUACCUCGGGCUACGUGGUCAUGGACAUACAUGGUAAGGGGUGUUUUGGCAAAGUUGCCAAGUGUUUCAAUUUAGACACUGCCGAAAUAGUGGCAAUAAAAUGUCAAAUCGCGGAUGACGAAAUAGUCUCUAAGGAAUUGAAGAUUUUAAAAGCGAUCAGUGUCCUUGAUUCAGACAAAAAGAACAUUGUGAAAUUCCAAAACAGUUUUAAGCACAAACACCUCUCCUGUAUUGUCUUUGAAAUGCUAGACCUUAGCCUUCACGACCUGAUGCAAAAAAGGAACUGGUUGCCCCUGAGUCUCAAUGAAAUUCGCCCUGUGGUCCACCAGCUACUGGUCAGUCUAGAGGCUCUCAAAAGUCUUGGCAUCAUACAUGGAGACUUAAAAAUUGACAACGUAAUGCUUGUCAAUCACAAGGAUAAACCAUUCAAGAUCAGGCUGAUAGAUUUUGGUCUGGCCAUUCCAGCAAGUGACGUGAAAGUUGGAAUGCCGAUGCAGAAUCCUCUGUUCAGGGCUCCAGAAGUCAUGUUGGGCCUCCCCUUGACCGAAGCUGUUGAUAUCUGGUCACUGGGUUGCCUCAUGCUCUUUCUCUAUGUGACUGACAGCCCCUUCCCUCAUGAUUGUAUGUAUGGGUGGAUGAAAAAUUUGGUCGACCUGGUGGGUCAGCCAGCAGACCAUUUGCUGGCUGCUGGAAAAUACACCAAGUUGUUUUUCACAAAAAAAAAAAAAAUAGGGUGGAGACUGAUGACACCUGAGGAGUUCAAGAAGAAGCAUCAUCAAGAGCCAGAUGAAAGCAAGUCUGUUUAUAAUGCUUUUGAAAAGAAUUUAGAAAAAAAAACAGUAGCCGAACAGGAUCAGCUUGAGCAAAAGGAUAAGAUGGCAUUUUUUGACCUCCUGAAAUGUUGUCUGCAAGUUGAUGCUAAGCAGAGGAUUACUCCCAGUGAAGCCCUUAGACAUCAGUUUAUAACAUUGGUUCACAUGGUAGAUGAAAUGGAGACCAGCUCCUAUGCAAACACUGCCUUUGAGCUCAUGAUUGUUUCCCCAUUGGAUAAUUUGGAAGUGAGUUCCGUCAACACUGUAACAAAUGAAGAGUCAACCUCCAUUUUUUCAAGCACUGGAGCUGCAGCUGUCAUACCACCCGUGGAUGCUGAUUUUGUCAAGGCUGUCCCUUAUGAACCCUUUAUGAAGGGGCACUGCAGGGCCAGCAAGUUGUUCUGCAGGAUGGCAAAGCGAUUGCUUCAUCCAUUCAAACUCUGCAUGCAGAAGUCGAAAGAUGCUGAAUCCUGAAUGG